CGCUCAUCCACCGCGUCCACCAUUCCGUAGUUUUCCAAAAAUGGAGAUGUUUGAUUGUUGUUUCACUUGCUUCGAGCGGGGAUACGAGUCGUCCGGCGACGAAAUCGAAGACGACGACGCCGAGAAUCUGUCCCACGUGGGGCAGGCCGCCUACGACGUCUUACGCAAACGACACAAUCGGCAGCACCACACGUUAUGGAACGUCACGUCCGGUGUCGUUGUGGGAGAACUGCACCAGACGCCCCUCACGGGAUGGCUCCGCGACGUCGAAUAUCCCCGGGACGGCCACGACGAUUGGUUUCCCGAGAAAAUGGCGGAAAUCAUGGCCCGCACCGAAACAUGGUGCGACGUUAUGAGCCUGGGACCUCCGGAUGGUUUGUUCAUGACCCAAUUCCAGGAAGCACUGAAGACGAUCGCGUUUCGUGCGACAGGCAAGACCAAGCCGGUCGUCGUGCGCAUGAUGUUUGGGAACAUUGUCGGCAUGCCGGUCAACUGCAACAAAGUCAUCAAGGCGUUGACGGCACUCGUUCCCAAAAGUGCCAACAUCAACCUCUGGGUGGGUGCUUGGCGUCGUGGAGUUUCCUGGAAUCACGCCAAAAUUAUUGCCGUCGAUGGACAGUACCUGCACACGGGAGGCCACAAUAUGUGGGACGCGCACUACUUGAAGCAAAAUCCGAUACACGACCUUUCGUUUGAAUUACAGGGCCGUGUGGCGCACGAUGGGCAUCGGUUCGCGAACGAACAAUGGGACUUUAUUGAGUUCAAGCAGGACACCUGUUGUGGACAGUUCGUCGACAAAAUCCCCGAUGGUAUGCCCCUCGUUGCCAAGACAAGGGUUACGGUGAGUGAAUUUCCGCGGGGGCGGACUGCGGAGUUCCCACCCCGGUACCGCAAAUCCUUGACGCCGAUGCGUGAUCCGCUGCCCAACGAAGUGCCCAUGAUCACCGUGGGACGAUUCGGGACAAUACUGCGCCACGCGCGUCCAGCCGAUGACGCAUUCUUAGCCAUGCUCGGGUCCGCCAAAACAAUCAUCCGAAUGGCCUUGCAAGACCUGGGCCCGGUGUGCAUUCCGGGCACCAGAAUUCCGUUGCCCGGUUGCGUUUGGCCCAAGGAAUACCUGUCCGUGCUGGGUCGCGUUAUCUGGGAACGGCACGUGGAUGUGGAGAUUACGUUGAGCAAUCCUAAUUCGGUCCCGGGAGGAUUGGGCGCGAUAGAAGCUUGCUACGGCAACGGCUGGACCUGUGUCGAUGUGGCGGCCGAAAUCAUCAAGACGAUCAAGAAACAAUUUCCACAAGCGCAAGAUGCGGCACUGCGGAAGUGUGUCGCCGACAACCUGCGCGUAUGUUUUAUUCGCGAAAAGCGUGGACACGAAUACGACGAUGGAGCCACGAUGGGCAUGCACGCCAAGCAUUUUAUCGUGGACGACGUUUGUUCGUACACGGGAUCGCAGAACUUGUAUAUUUGUGACCUUGCGGAAUGGGGUGUGAUAGUGGACGAUCCGGUCGCGACGAAAAAAAUGAUGGAUGAGUACUGGACGCCCAUGUGGCAGGUUUCGUACACGGGUCAAGAUUGCGAUGUGCAGGCUGUUAUGGAUGGUCUCAAGAUCAACCGUGAUGGUGAGAAUCCUGUCUUUAUGUCGGCCGAACAGAAACAGCAAAAGUUAAAAGCGACUCGCUUGCAAACACACAAUCCGGGAAACUCGGAGUAUUACUACGAAGGUGAUACCGAACACUCUUCGGAAUAGAAUUGGAUCAUCCAGUGACGCGCAUGAAAUGGACUUCUCGACGCUCUCUGUUCGCGGAGUAAUGGCAGUGCGAGCAGGCUAAUUCCAUCGCGUGUGUGGUGGUUUGCGCAAAUUUCCCUCGACAGACCUGUACAGAAGCUCCCAUAUUGCUGUACACAAGUGUAUAUGUAAAUAGGUUACGUUUGUAUUUG